AUGCCCAUCAUCAGCAAUGCCAACCAUGACUUCAGCAAUCUCUCAGUCAGCUCAGAUGACAGCAGUCUCAACCAGUUUUUCACUGAGAUCCCAGAGACUGAAACCAUCAAAAGUGUUUACUUUCAACGGGCCCAGCGACUGCGGGACUCCUCGGUCCCAAGAGACGUAGACUACAAUGAACUCGCCCUCAUCAACGUUGGAGGGGAUCGCUACACAUUUCCCUGGAGCACUCUGGAACAGUUCCCCCUCUCCCGUUUGGGACAACUACGCAACUGCAGCAGCCCGGACGACAUCGCCCGGCUCUGCGAUGACUACGAUGAGGCCCGGCGAGAGUUCUUCUUUGACCGCAGCUCGGUGGCCUUCCGAAUCAUCUCAAACUUCCUGGCUGCCGGUAAACUGAGGCUGCUACGGGAGGUGUGUGCUGUGUCGCUGUCAGACGAGCUCAAUUAUUGGGGCAUCGACCCCGCUCACAUGGAGCGCUGCUGCAUGCGCAGGUUGUUGACUUGUGUUGAGGAGGUGGCAGAGAAGAAAAGGAAGGAGGAAGAAUGGAAGGAGAAGAGGUUGGCCCUGAAGAGGCCUGUAGUGCAGGAGAAGAGUUCCUUCCGGAUCAUGGGCAGACUCAAGGAAAUAGUGGAAAACCCUCAUUCUGGCUGGCUUGGGAAGGCCUUUGCUUGUUUCUCUGUUAUCAUGAUUGCCGUGACGGUCAUCAGCCUAUGCAUCAGCACCAUGCCUGAUCAAGAGAACAGGGGUGAAUGUUCGGAAAAGCGUCGCAACAUAUUCAUCGUGGAAACCGUGUGCGUGGCCUGGUUCUCCCUUGAGUUUCUGUUGCGCCUCCUGCAGACUGAGAGUAAGCUGCAGUUUCUUCGCAAUCCACUUAAUAUCAUAGACGUCAUAGCCAUUCUUCCAUACUACAUUUCUUUAGUGGUCGAUACCGAGGACAAAGCGGAGGGAGCUGAGUUUCAAGGUAGCGCCGGGAUGAGUCGUGGAUAUCUAGAUAAGCUGGGUUUAAUUCUGCGUGUCAUGCGCGCUCUGCGGAUCCUUUAUGUGAUGCGACUUGCCCGACACUCGCUGGGCCUUCAGACACUCGGACUGACGAUGCAGCGGAGCAUGCGAGAGUUUGGCCUUCUACUUCUCUUCAUUUGUGUGGCUGUUGCACUAUUCUCACCUCUCGUGCACUUGGCGGAGAAAGAAUUUACAAAGAACAAAGCCAUCAGCACCCAUUGCUUUAGCAGCAUUCCUGCCUCCUAUUGGUGGGCGAUUAUAUCAAUGACGACGGUUGGAUAUGGCGACAUGGUUCCGCACAGUAUACCUGGCCAGGUGGUGGCAUUCAGCAGUAUACUAAGUGGCAUACUAAUAAUGGCUUUUCCCGCUACAUCUAUAUUCCAUGUGUUUUCUCACUCAUAUAACGAGCUAAAGCGCAAACAGGAAAUGAUUUGGAAAGAAGAGCGGGUUGCCAGCCCGGAUGCCAGUGCUAAAGAGGAUGUUCAAAGAGCACUGGAGAGACACUCUUUUUCUUGGGACAACAUGUACAGUACUAGUCUACACAAGGGAGAGAAUGGCACCACUGCGACAUGAUCA